CAGCGCCCUGUGGCGAGCACUGACCAGAUCCCCAGAUAAUCGCCACCGCCGCCCUAUAUAACCUCUCCUCGACCUACCAGCUGCCCACACACCCCCGGCAAACAUGGCCACCAUCGACGACCUCGUUGAGCUCAUCUACCACGAGAGACAAGAGCCUGGCUCGAUGCUCUGCGCACAACAUGCGCUCAAUUCGCUUCUGCAGGGUGCAUAUUUCAGUGCACCAGACCUGUCCACAAUCGCCCGAGAACUAGACGAACAGGAAGCACAUUACGACGAGGACAACAAUGGGCAAACCAGCACGAAUAUGGACGAUACUGGGUUCUUCUCGGUUCAGGUCAUGGAGAGAGCCUUGCAAGUCUGGGGGCUUACCCUUGUGAGAUGGCGCAGCGAACGUCUGCGUCCAUACCAACAACACCCACAUGCACAGAUUGCGUUCGUCCUCAACCUCGAGCAACAUUGGUACACUCUCAGACGAUUCGGUGAGACCUCGCCAAAUCCCGAACUCAAUGUAGCGCACAGCGUCGGACACUGGUUCAACCUCAACUCGUUCCUCGAGAGGCCAGAGUGGAUCUCCAAGACAUACCUGGGCAUGGUCCUGCAGCAGGCCGAAUCUGACGGCUACUCCGUAUUCGCAGUGGUGCAACAGGAUCCAGACGCGCCACUGGCAAUGCCGCUUACCUCUGCUGACCACCUGGCCGCCACCAUCCCAGAGAAGCCUUCCUCAGCUACCCCUGCCUCGCAAGUUGCUUCCUCUUCACAUAUCCCAACCGGGUUCGAGGACGAGGACAUGGAAUUGCAAGCAGCACUGCAAGCGUCGCUUAUGCACCAACCGUACGAGUACUCCGUGCCCCCUGCGGCUCCCCGCCCCCCCUCCGCCUCUGUCCCUGCCGUGCCGAGCGGUGUGCUCGGGGCGAUACGCGACUUUGGCAACACCGCAACGCCCACAACGCACGACGAGGACUACGAACCAGUACCGGAGCCCGCUAACACCGACCCCGUCGCCGCAAGCACGGCACGGAACCGCGCAUUCCUCGCGCGUUUCCAGCGCGAGCAGGAGGCGGCGCUGCGCGAGAGCUUCGGCGACCACGACGUCGAGGCGGAGGCGCGCCGCGCGCGUCGACGGCAGGAGGAAGAGGAGGAGGAAGAGAUGCUCCGCCGCGCGAUCGAGGAGAGCGAAAAGAUGCACCGGCAGGCGCAGGCUCAGGGCCAAGACCAGGAAGACGUUGAGAUGCACGACGCGGAAGCACCUCCUGUGAUCCCGCCCCAUCCGUCCGCGAUGUACGGCGGGAGCAGCGGGGCCACAGUGUACGACGACGACGACGCGGAGCUCCAGGCCGCGCUGAGGGCUUCGCUCGUGGAUGUUCCCGAGGGAUCUCGGGCACAGGACACGCCGCCGAGCACCGCCCGCCCGCUCCCUUCCUCGACGCCGUCCGCCCCGGCGGGCCCGCCAAUACAGCGCCAGCCCUCCGUCGCCAGCACGCACUCCGAGAGCGAAACUUCGGUAGCGACGGAGUCCGACUCGGAACCGCCGCCGCAGGAGCAGCUGAGCAUGGAGGAGAUCCGGCGGCGGAGGUUGGCACGCUUCGGUGGUUGAGUUCGUCUUGGAUAUACAGUACGGAGGACCGACGGGUUAUGACAUACAGCAGACAACGCACAUGUGUACCAUAGUAUCGAUGCACUCACAAUCCACACCAUUGACCCGCUUUCCCUCGACUCGACGAUCCGGCG